ACAUGAUUUAGAGUUAAGCCAAAGACUUUGAUAAUAGAAAGAGGAGAUUCGACGAGACCAUCCUCUGGUAGUUGACUAGACCAGCAUCAUAGAGAUCGCUUAUGGGAAUGGAAUGUGCAUCAGGCACACAUUCCCAUAUACUAAGGCAGCAACAGCCUCUUUGUCGCGCUAACUUCGAGCAAGGGCAGUCCAUCAGGUUUCCUUUGAUCAUUCUGAACGUAUCGAGUCAUGGGUGAGCCGAAAUCGAAAAAGCGAAAACGAGACGUUGUAGUUCAUCAAAGUGCAAAGACUGAUGACCUCGACACUUCCAAGCCAACUGCUGUUUUUCACAGUUCAGGAAAGGGCAGAAAAGCGACUUUGAGCUUGGCAAUUCCAGGUAGUAUUAUUGCAAAUGCGCAAUCACAUGAGCUGCGUACUGCUCUUGCAGGACGUAUAGCCCGAGCAGCUGCGGUAUUCUGUGUAGAUGAGAUUGUUGUAUUUAAUGACGGUCAAGCUUCUGUGCAUUCCUCGCGCAAUGGCCAUGCCCAACAUCGCAUGAGGGAUUUUGAGACUGAAGAUGGCUAUACAGGCGUAUCUGACCCGGACAACUUCUUGUUCCACCUGUUGUCAUAUCUUGAGUGUCCACCAUACCUACGACAGAAGCUCUUCCCACUUCAUCCAAAUUUGAGGACAGCAGGAUCUUGCCCUUCGCUGGACAUGCCCCACCAUCUAAAGGCAGACGAAUGGUGCCAGUAUCGGGAGGGCGUGACAGUCGAACCAACCAGUUCGGAGUCAGGGACUUCCUCUGUGGAUGUUGGCUUUCCAAGCCCUGUCACUAUCAAUGUACCUAUUCCCGCUCAUACGCGGGUAACUUUGAAAUUCGCAACAGCCGCAGCACCCCCUUCCUUUCCUUUUCGAAUAAAUACGCCCACCUCAUCCAUACCGGAUGCAGAAGCUGUCGAUCCUGCGGAACCACGUGAGGAGGGGGGAUACUACUGGGGCUACACCGUACGUCAAGCUUCAAGCUUGAGCUCUGUAUUCACUGAGUCGCCAUUUGAACAAGGCUACGACGUCAGCAUUGGCACAUCCGAACGCGGAAUCACGCUAUCGAGUUUAUUAUCAAGGCACAACGGCACGGAAACCAAAGACACGUCAGUCCCGCGUUCACUACCGGACAAAUUCGAACAUGCGCUGGUCGUGUUCGGAGGCGUUGCUGGCUUGGAAGCGGCAGCUGCAGCAGAUGAAGAUCUUGCCGAGAAAGGCAUUAGCAAGGCGAAUGUAGGCGAAUUGUUCGACUUCUGGGUCAAUUCCUGCCCUGGGCAAGGCAGCAGGACAAUACGAACCGAAGAAGCCGUGUGGUUGACUUUGAGCCAGUUGCAUGACUGGAUCCAAAGCGCGAGCAAAGUAUAAUUGAAUGAACAGCAUUGCACAUGAUACAAUUAUUGCGAAAAUUACUAUUUUGGAGUUUAGCUCACAUCUCUUGGAAAAACCCUUUGUCUCCGAAAUGCUUAAUUACAAGUACUCCGAGUUCUGCUGCC